AAAAAAAGGGGGGGGGGGGAUUGCGGCGCCUGAGAAACAUCGCUCUGUAGCACGCUGCCUGCCUGCUCUCUUUAUCGCUUUUCCGCGAUACUCCGCCGGCCGCUUCCUCCGUCGCCGUUAACGCCAGCUCCCUUCCUCUUCGUCGUCGACGCUAGAGGCACGCGCUCGCUAGCGCCAAGCCGCGGGCGGCCCACUUCCUGCCCUGGCUCUGUUCCGAGCGCCGCGGCGCGUCCUUCGCGCGUCGAGGAGCCAAUACACUCGUCGCUUCUCCUCCCAUCAUCACCUCGCCACGGGUGGUUAUAGACACCCCGUCACCCGGCGUUCGCGGCGUAAGCCCUACUACGGACGAGUCGGCACAUUGUCACAUUCGAUCGACCCCGAGAGUGACACCUGUUCCUCGUUUGCGACGUAUGCGGUGAAAGCGUCGCCGGCUUUGCGUCGCCUGUUCGCCCUCGGUUGGCUUCGCUGCCAAGCGGCAUGCUGCUGCGGCUCAGCGUGCGCCCGUGGGAUUACGUCACUCGACUCUGGGCAAGCGUACGGACAGUAUUCCUUUAGAAGCGGGGCAGGGGAGGGAGGGGGGAGGGUGAGGCGGGGAGGAGUGUUGGCGCCCUGUGGCGUCUACACAAAAGACGCCGCCGCGGCCGCGGUUCAGUGCAUGCCAUAAAAAAAAAAAAAAAAAAAAAAAAAAAUCACGAGAAAGAAAGUGUGCAGUUUUGCGUGCAGUGGACACUGCACCGUGGAUAUGGAUGAGCCUCACAUGGCAGGUUAGGUUGAAUGGAAAGGAACAGGGUGAGUGAGGAACGGCCAAUCAAAGUCACCCGGUUCAGUUUUAGGAUAUAGUUGAGUGCUGCGUUAUGUGCCGUGCCCGCUGCACCGUGUAGGUAUGGAUGAACCUGAAGUGCCGAGAUUAUAGACACGGCCGGAGGGGAAUGGAUAACGAGAGCAACGCGGCUUAAAUUAAUCGGACGCUGAAGUUGCGUGCAGAAAAUGCCGGAGGGAACGGGAACGCCGUAGACGCUGCAACUGGUGCUAUGAACGGAACGGCACUACAGGCAUAAGCGGUACACUGACAAUCGAAGGAACGCUUUUCAGUGACACGAAAAGCCGCGUGAGCGAAGGUUAUGCCUGCCGACGACUUCGUACAUGUAGCAGUUGAAGCUGCGGAUGAGGCCAGAUAGGUUCAAUAAGUAGUGCGAGGGCUAACCUGCGAAUGCAUCCUAUAGUCAUCACUCACACACACAAAAAAAAAAAGAAGAAAACCUGUACGCAGAGAGUGCACCUGCUCUUAGAGGCUGCAGUAGUGGAUAUGGGCGGAUGGAUAUUGCUUAUCGAACAAUGGCGACCGAGACGGUGGAAGUUACGGGUUAAGGUUGAAGAUCGCCGAUGGAAGAGGUGUAGGACAUUUCCAACGUAAAUGGGUUGAUAACUGAAGUAUGCGCAUCGCUUGGCGAAGGAGACGAGUUGCGCGGCGGGGGAGGGGUGGGUUAGGUUGCAGUUUAGUGUGAAUGAGGGAAGGGGUGCACAGCGCUGACGAUGGUGACAGAAAGGAGUCGUGUUCCAGCGACGGCGACGACACCGGCGAUGUGUAUACCCUCCUCUUCCCCCAACGCUUCGCUUUCGGCCCAUAGUAGCGCCCUCGCAACGGUGCGCAAGCGAGCUCUGCGAGUGUACACGAGAAGAUGAAUCGACCAAUGAGCAGCCUGCUUCCCUUCUCCCGCUGCGAGGGAAGCGCGCCUCUAUACGAAGCGGCGCGUUCUCUGAAUCUGCCGCGGUUCGCACCCCUCGCGUUCGUCGGCGCGGAUCGCUCACUCGUCAGCGGCUCAUUGCGCGGUGAAGACGGGGCAUCCGUCUUCUGGCGAUCUUAGGGGUUUCAUUUUGAGCCAUCCUGUCCCGAUAUUACACCCCCGUAAACUUGAGCGGCAGCUGAAGAGACUGACGGACGGCCUGGGGAAACGGCAGGCAGCGUACACCGACGAACCGCCGUUCCUCUCUGGCCGUAUUAAUACGGGGCUCGUUUUUUUUUUUCUUUUUAUUUGUUUGUGCGUGGAAUUCUGAGUAGUCUUGCGAACAGCUGGUGAGAAAUUCCAAAAUGAAGGGAGGCGCCGGCAAGAUGCUCUCGACGUUCCUGCACAAGCUGCGACGGACCAAGGAGCCCGGUGCGGACCACAUGCAGACGUCGCUGAAGCGAUGCCUGACCACCUUCGACAUCACGCUCCUCGGCAUCGGCCACAUGAUGGGCUCCGGCAUCUACGUGCUCACCCCGUCGGUGGCCAAGAACAUCGCGGGCCCGGCGCUCAUCAUCUCCUACAUCGUGGCCGGCGUCGCGUCCCUGCUCGCCGCGCUCGCCUACGCCGAGUUCGGCGUGCGGUUCCCUCGGGCCGGCUCGGCCUACUCGUACUCGUACUUUAGCGUCGGCGAGUUCUGGGCCUUCUUCGUCGGCUGGAACGUGGUGCUCGAGAACGUCAUCGGGAUCUCGGCCGUGGCUCGGGCCUGCAGCGCGUACAUCGACUCGCUCACGCACGGCGCCAUCAAGGGCGCCAUCAUGAACACGACGGGUGAGCUUCCGGGCCCGUACCUCUCUCAGUACCCGGACUUCCUGGCGCUGGGCAUCAUCGUGGUGUACGUGGCGUUCAUGUCCGUCGGCAUGCAGGCCACCUCGUGGCUCAACAACAUCCUCUGCUGCGUCAACAUCUUCGUCCUCUUCAUCAUCAUCGGCGUGGGCGGCUACUACGCCGACUUCGACAACUGGACCAACCCGGAGACCGGAGGGUUCAUGCCCUUCGGCGUCCACGGCAUCCUGGCCGCGUCGGCGGCGUGCUUCUUCGCCUACGUCGGCUUCGACGCCAUCGCCGCUUCGGGAGAGGAGGCGAAGAACCCGCAGCGCUCGCUGCCCAUCGCCACGUUCAUCUCGAUGACCGUGGUCACCGUGCUCUACGUGGCCGUUUCCGCGGUUCUCACGCUCAUGGUCAACUACAAGGACAUAGUGCCCGACUCGGGGCUGCCGGACGCUUUGGAAGCCAAAGGAGCAGUCUGGGCUAAGAUCGUCGUGAUCAUCGGCGCCCUGUGCGGGAUGUCCACGGUGCUCAUCGGAACGCUGUACGCGCUCACAAGGAUAGCGUACGCCAUGGCUGACGACGGCCUCAUCAUGCACAUGUUCGGCACGGUCAACAAGCGCACCAAGAUCCCGCUCGUCGCCAUGUACGUGUUCUCGGCGCUGGCCGGCCUGCUCGCGGUCAUCCUGGACAUCGAGACCCUGGUCGAGAUGAUGUCCAUCGGGACGCUGUUCGCCUACCUCGUCGUCAGUGGCGGCAUCAUCAUCUUCCGGUACAGGGAGCCGGCCAAGAAGGAGGUCUUGGAGAUGGGCUCGCUCACCGAGAAGCCGCCGGCAAACGGUUCCUCGGGCGGCCCGGCCGGCGCCACGUCCAACAUCGCCUACAACCGGCUUCUGCCGCGGUUCCAGUUCAUGUCGUCCGUGCUGGGCGGCGUGACCACGGACCUGAUCAUCUCGCUCAGCGUGUGCGGCAUCGUGGUGGUGACGCUGGUGCUGGGCUUCUACGCUCAGAGCCUGUGGGCCGAGAUUUCCGCCGGCGUCUGGUGGGCGGUGCUCGUGCUCGUAGUGCUUGUGCUCGUCCUGCUGGCCCUGUGCUUUCUCAUCUCCAUCCACGAGCAGGUCGUCACCAUCCAGCGGUACAAGAUGCCGUUUGUGCCCUUCCUUCCCAUUCUGAGCAUCGUGGUCAACACCAUUUUACUGACGACCCUGCACGGACUGACCUGGCUUCGUCUUCUUGUAUGGGUAGCUAUAGGGCUCACGGGUUACUUCGUCUACGGUACCCAGCACAGCAAGCUCAAUAAGCCGCAGGAGCAGUGUUACAACCAUACCGCCGAUGGCUCAGCAACCAACGGAAAGCCUCAGCAGCAGACGUCUUCGGGCAACAGCCAUCUCUGAGGACAGAGAAGGUGGGCUCGUUCGGUCCCGCUCUUUCGACGUGCAACCGGUGAACGCUGGUGACUCUGCGAGCGGGGGGCCGAUUAGCGACGGACACGGCGGUCGAGACCAAACCAGGGAAGCCAGCUUUACGGUGCCAACGUCUUCCGGAACGGGCAGACGGGUGAUGACGACGUUGUCGUGCUUGCACGUGCGCCGAACGAGUGAAUGUGAAGUGCCCGACGUCGUCGCACCCGUGCCAGCCGCCGGUGGGAGCAGCAGCGACAGCAACGAAAGGAAGGGAACCUCGUGCCGUGUGACUUGUUGUCGGAACACGGUCGUUGACAACCGACAGUGCAACGACUCUCAUCUGUACAUAGACUCCUCACGAAGUUUUUUUUUUUUUGUCCGGACAGUUCCGAACGGUGCAUGUGGGCCCCGUGAUCUUGUGCUGCUGGGGGAAAAGUGGGUGGGUGGGGGUUUUCUGACACGAUUGUCUUCGGGUACAACCAGACGCACCCACUGUUUAUGCGGUGGACAUAACCCUUAAUUGAUGGUCAGUGUACUCACGGAAGAAGAUCACGUGUCGUAUCGACGAAGGCAGCUGACCUUCCCGCUGGAACGACCACAACUUUCACCGACGCCUUCACGCAUUAUUUCUCCGUUUUUUUUUUUUUUCCUGUUCAGUUCAACCCCCCCCCCACGUCAAACGGAACGAGAAGUGUUGACCAAAGCAGAACUGUUUCUGUUGUUGAACUUAACGAACAAAAGUUUCAAGUCCGUCUUCAACUUGCUACGUGCGACACACCGGAAUCGAAGAUGUUGUACAGGUUCAUACUUGAUGUGCAUUUAGUCGUACAAUUUCGUUUUAUUUCAAAAUUUGCAGCGAUUCUGCGCUGCUGACGAUGUCGCGGCGAGCCGGAAGAUCAAAUUACAUGUACAAAGCACGGGUGAUCUUGAGCCACCUAUUUCACGCCUAAUGCUAAUCACCAUAAAGUGGGAAGUACCAUCGACCUGCCGCUUUUUAUGCAUGUGUUUUCGUGGUGUAACCUUUUAAAUUCUUCGGGAGGUGCUAUUUUUAGCUGGAAACGUGCGCUUGAUUGUUUGUUGUAUUACAAUUUGCAUCCCGGAGCAUGGAAAUAAAUUUUCGGUUCUGACCUUUUAAAACACGGCGAUAGAAAGAUCAACGCUUCAUUAAGAUAUCGAUGUAAAAUAUUUGUACCUGAAUCGAGGUCUACUUCUUUCAUAAAUUGCUUUUUUUUUUCUUCUGCCAGUUUUGUCUUCGCAUAGAGAUAGAUGGCUCUUCUUUCUUUUAAAUAAUAUAUUUCGUUAUUGCUCUUACGUGCACUGUAAAUAUAUUGCAGACAUAACUAUUUAUACUUCUUAGCUUUCUUAUAGGACCGUUCUUGGAUACUUUGUUUUUAACGUUCUUGUUUUAACACAUUCGCGAAACCUUUCAAACACAUUCGUAUUGCUUAGGGUUAGACAGAAACCUGUAAUGAACCGUGGCAAAAAUUUUGGGUAACGCUGUGAAACCAUGACGUCUGCUUACCAGGGUCAAGUUUAAAUAUGGAUGCUCCCGCCUAAUAGCGUUUUUUUUUUCUUCUUUUGUUGUUGUUGUUGUUAAUACUUAUUAGCUGCGUUUGGUGAUAUUUAUGCUGGCACGUAGGGUAUAGAUAUGUACAUAAAGAAGAAUAGACAUUUACGUUUCGUUUAAAGAGUGCAUCAAUCCUGUCAUGCACAUAUAUAUACAUAUGUGUACUAUAUGUGUACAUAACUUUCGAGGCAUACUCUUAGAGUGGCGCCUACACGGCCAUUGAGUUUUUAUUUUUUGUGCAUCUACAGGUUUUAACGCGUGCGCCAGCGCUAUUUGCAUUUCUAGCAAGGGCAAAUGUUGAAUGAUGCCUUCGCCAAUCACAGGUAAUACUUUUUCCUCCAGAACAACUGUUCGGUGCUAUAUAGUACUGAAAUGAAAGAAAAGAAAAAUAUUUUCGGUCUUGACUCCAAAAGUGCUAUUGCGUGUGUGUGUGUGUCUUUCUUUUUCUAUGUAAACGCGUAGAUUUGCCAUGAGCGUUUUCGUUUUCGAACGAACAACGAACAAGCGUGAGUUAUGCCAAGUGUUUGCAGGCAAUAAAGGAAUUGCUUGGUAACAAGAAAA